AUGGCCUCCCCCACAACGACUUCGGCUCAUGAUGAUCCGCUCUUGCAGGAAGAGCUGUUACAAUCGCGCUACGCGGAUUGGAAACAACGAUUCGAUGGUAGGAUGAUGCCGGAGUUGCGGAAAAAGCACAUAUUCUCGGCGUCUUGGGAAACGUUGUGGCAUGAUGCAUGGACCGAGUAUGAUCAAUUAGAGAGUGUGAGACUUGAAGAAGGCUUCCCGAAGCAGACUUGGCAGGAUGAAGUGGAACAUGAUCGGAGACUAUCCGAAGGUAUGAGGAAGUAUAAAUCUAGGUCUGUAUCUUUGACAGCCUCCGAUUGGUCUCAAGUACCUCUGGGCAUGAUACUAGAAAAGUACUUGGGUACGAGCAUUCGCAGCGGAGACAGAGAUGCGGCUGUAGCCCUCGCUAGAUGGCGCAGAUUUCGCGAGGUAGUUGCAGAGCAGCCACAGUUCUGCCGCUCUCUAUCAUUUUCUCAAAAGGUCUCAUGGACCAUCUUGACACACUGGUGGUCAGGAACCUAUCAAGAUUCAAGCUUGUCGAAUGCCGCAAUAGCAUCUCUCGAAGCCGCUGCUUCUUCUCCAGUCCCAAUGAUCUACUUCUUUGGCGAGGCAUACCCAGACGCAGAAACAUUCACCCAACUUCGAAAAUCUGUGUAUCACUCAAUCAUGUUCGAUCUUUUCAACCGGGAAUUCAAUCCGCAUCAUUGGGAACCACACGUCAGGGGAAUCCUACUCACCACUCUUCGGUUUACAAGGUCUAAGGCCGUCCAGCACGCAACAGCUCAGAGACUUGGUUAUACGUCUUAUAUGAACAUCAAAGGAUGCAGGACAUAUGACGCCGGCUUCUACAUGGGUUCAAUGGACAAGCCUUGCCCUUGGCUACGCAGAGAAGGCGACCAUAAAGAAAUGCCUUUUUUCCUCUGGGACGUCGAACAAAGGCGUACUGUGAUAGUGAACGAUCUGAGCACUGAGCCAGUGUACUGUUGUGUAAGUCAUACCUGGGGUCGAUGGCGGAAAGAAGCUAUUCCGAUAGAUGGAGUGCCUUGGCUUGUCCCACGGAAUGAAAAGUUUGAAGUCGAGAGACUGCCUGAGCAUCUACAACAAAUUCGACCACAGAUACGCUUCAUCUGGAUCGAUCUCUUUUGUAUUCCUCAGGAUGGGUCCAGAAAGGCGGAUGAGGAGAUAAAUCGUCAAGCAUUGAUCUUCCAAAAUGCUUCUCGCUGCAUAGCCUGGAUAAAUGACGCAAGACAGUGGAGUGGGACUAUGAAAGCCUUGGACUGGCUCGGAAUCUCCUAUUUGCAUGCCACUACUUGUCCUGGUAUUUAUGACACUGACACGCUUCUACCUUCCCUGCGUCAUGAAGCCGAUACUACCAGCGAGCUGUUCUCAUCGCAAAGCGAUCCUGCCGAAGUGAAAAAACGGCAUUCUGCCGGGUUGCUAGCAGCAACUGGCCCACGCGCGGCACUGUCAAAUGAUGUUGAGACGCUUGCGGAACCUGCGAAUUGGUUCUCCUCGCUUUGGACCCUCCAAGAAGCAAUGCUUUGUCCUAGCAUCACCUUUGUCGCUCAAGACUGGAUGCCAUUGAACGAUAGAGCUGGAACACCUGUACCUCUUGACACUUUCUUUAGAUUCGUAGACACCGUAGAAAGUGUCUGGCGCAACGGAAUGCCAUAUAAGGUCUUCACAGAAGGCACCAUGACAAGAUAUUCGAAAUAUAGUAUCUUCCUCCAAUCCGACGAGCAUUUCCGAUCCGACAAGCAUCUAUACUUGAAAUGGCCCAACGGCCCAAGACAGCUUCAGGACUUGUGUCUGAUUACGAGAAUGGACAAUCUCCUCGAAUCACCAUCUCCAAUCGGGCUGCUAAUGGUGGCAAACGUUCGCCAAUGUACAGGUAGCAGAGCACCGGCUAUCAUGUCUGCUCUAGGGAUCACGGAUUGGUACAACUCUGAGUCGGAGGCCCACACGGACUUAGUCCUGGAUACCUACCCUUUAGCAUUUGUUAAGGAGGCUGCAUCUAAGCUGGGUGCAUCGUUUUACGAAUCUGUGACAAGACGUCAGAACAUACCAAAGUGGUAUGAUAUAUUCAAUCGCUCACAUAAGGGCUCUAUGAUGCCUUUCUCCGCCACCAACGGUUGGUAUUCGCGCAUUCUUGCAAUGCCAAUCCAGCACAGGUACACUCCAGAAGACCAUCCGGCGGUGAAGACUUGGACAAUCAAGCAAGACGGGAGUGUAGGCAUCAAGCGGGCAGGCAUUGUAGCUUCAACGGAGUUUCCAAAUCCUAAUGAGUCACAAAUGCAGAUUCACAUCAUGAAGGGUGAGUUUCUGGAGAAGGAUUGCCGAUUUGGUGAUUGGGCAAAGAAUUUGCCGGAAGGGGUAUGCGCGUACGCUGUCAGCCUGCUGCAGGAUUCCCAGAGGCAAUAUGGUUUGAUCUUACAAGGCUAUCAAAAGAUGUGGUUCUCAACCCAACGCCUAGUGAAGGUUGGCACAUUCAUGCUCCCUGAGAUUGACUUACCGCCUACUACAGGCGUGGACUGGGUGGUCCGGUGA